UUCACUGUUCGACAAUUUCAGGUCCGAGUCUCUGAUCUUGGCUUAGCCUGUGACUUUUCAAAAAAGAAACCCCAUGCCAGUGUCGGUACUCAUGGCUACAUGGCACCAGAAGUGCUUGCUAAAGGUGUAGCAUAUGAUUCAUCAGCUGACUGGUUCUCUCUAGGAUGUAUGCUUUAUAAACUAUUAAAGGGUCAUUCUCCAUUCCGGCAACACAAAAGCAAAGACAAGACUGAAAUCGACAAGAUGACGUUAACGCAAGAUAUCGAGCUGCCUAACGAAGGCCUGUCUCCAGACUGUCGUGACCUGCUGGAAGGACUGCUGAAGCGAGAUGUGCCAGACAGACUUGGAUGCAAGGGGCGAGGGUGA